AUGGAGCAAUUCCUGGAAUUCUGUGGAGGGAGCCUUGCAGUCACUGAAGAAGUGGUCAAGGCAGCAGCAGGAAAUGAAGGAGACUAUGAAUACGAGAUCAUGGAGCAACUCCUGGAAUACUGUAAAGGGAGCCUACCAGUCUCUGAUGAAGUGGUCAAGGCAGCAGCAGGAAAUAGAGGAAGAUAUGGACAUGUGACCAUGCAGCAGUUCCUGAAACUCUGUAAGAAGGACCUACCAGUGUCUGAAGUUGUGAAUCUAGGCUCAACCGAGUAA